AUGUCCACAAAGACCGUGCACAUAGAAUUAGUGGAAGACCUGACCGCAGAAUCCUUUAUUGCAGCCUUGAACAGAUUUACCGCACGACGAGGAAAAAUAAAAAACAUUUACUCGGAUAACGGCCGAAACUUUGUGGGCGCUGAACGCAUAUUGCAGGAGACAUUAGGAGACGAAGACUUCAAAAGAGCUGUCCAAGAGUUCGCUACAAGUGACCGAAUAAAUUGGCAUUUCAUACCUGCAAGAUCCCCUCAUCAAGGAGGUAUCUGGGAAGCAGCAGUGCGCUCGAUGAAACUACACCUCAAACGAACUAUCGGCGAGGCGUGCCUUACCGUAGCAGAAAUGACCACGUUUUUAGUACAAGCCGAAGCUAUAUUAAACUCUAGACCGUUGACACCACUAUCCGACGACCCUAACGAUAUGAGAGCUUUAACACCGGGACACUUUCUAAUCGGAGAACACCUGUAA